AAGGAGGCAAGGGAAGACAAAGAUACGUAAAUGUUUGGGGUCACGCAGACGUGAAGCCAGUUUCAAAAUAACACACAGUGAGUUGUUUAUGGCCGGUUGUUUUCUAUCGCGAAACGGAGAAGUCCGGAAAAUUUUCGAGAUUUUCUCGGAAAAAAACAGGAGACAAUCUGUCUCACCACAAUACAACGAGUGACAGUAGUAAAUGGUUAGUAUCACAUUUAAUUGAGGAAUCUUUUACAUAACACUGAAGUUUACAUAUACUACAGGAGGAAUAUUGUGGAAUAUUUUGAUUUAGUUUUAUUAAACAAGUGGAAACGUGUUAUCAGUUUUAAAGAAGAACCAUGGCUACAGCUGAAAUAGACGCCAUUGAAAACGAAUUGGACGAAAAGGAUCCAGUUGUUAAUGAAGAAAAGUCUAGCGGAGAUGUUUUGACCAAACGUAAGCCGAAGAAGGUUAGCCGCCAAAACAGUAAAGAAAAUGUCGCCGUGACCAAUUUCGUUCAUGGUCCCCGUAGCUGGAAAAAUAGUCGCAGAUCCCGUAAUGGUUUUGGGCGAGGCCUACCGAAAAAAGGCGGAGCUGGAGGUAAGGGAGUUUGGGGACUUCCUGGUUCCGAACUCCUGGAAGCUUACGAAGAUAUGAACGAUCCCAAUUAUGACAGUGAAAGCAUGACCAAUGGGGACAUCGAGCUGAAAGCCGUCAUUCCCGAUACUCAAGACGAGGAAUUGAGAAAGAAAAUGGACCCCAUCAUUCUGGAGUAUUUCGAGAACGGAGACACUCAUGAGGCUGAACUAUCUGUUGGAGACACUGUACCUAAAAAUCGACGAGAUUUGUUCGUUCAGACAGCAAUCGAAAUCGCAAUGGAUCACAAAUCUUCCCACAAAGAGAUGACUUCCGUUCUGAUUUCUGAUCUAUUCGGGCACGUUAUAACGGAAGUAGAUAUCGCCAAAGCCUUCGAGAGUCUUCUUGCAAACUUGCCCGAUUUGAUUAUUGAUAUUCCAGACGCCCCAACGGUCUUGGGCAACUUUGUGGCCCGAGCCAUCGCUGACGAUUGUAUUCCACCCAAGUUUAUUCAAACAGCCAAGGGAAAAUGCGAGACUGCGGUGUGCCUGGAAGCUCUUGAUCGUGCCCACACACUCCUCUCCAUGAAGCAUGGUCUAGUACGUUUGCACAACGUCUGGGGCAUCGGAGGAGCCCUACGUCCUGUCAAAUAUUUGACUCGUCAAAUGACUCUUCUUUUACAGGAAUAUAUGUCUUCAUUUGACAUUGAAGAAGCAUCCAGGUGCCUCAGGGCCUUGGAAGUUCCUCACUUUCAUCACGAACUCGUCUAUGAGGCCAUCGUGAUGGCUCUGGAGGCUAACAAUGCCACAAAAGAGGAAGCCAUAUGUAAAUUACUGAAGGCAUUUGAUGAAGCUGUGCUAGUUACUCGAGACCAGAUGGAAAGAGGUUUCUUACGCGUUUUUGACGAUCUUAACGACAUUUCUAUGGAUGUUCCUUUGGCUUAUAUCAUUCUGGAUCGGUUCGUGGAGCGUUGUCACAAAGAGGGAUUCAUUUCCGAAAAUGUACAGAGACGAAUGCCUUCUAGAGGACGCAAACGAUUUGUCUCUGAAGGAGAUCAACAUUUCAUCCGUAAUCAGAACGUUCUGUAGAAGAAGGCACCAAACGCGGCUAUUGUAGCAUCCUGUUUAGGAUGAUAGUGAGUCGAUCUGUGUACCAAAUUUAUAAAAAAAA